AUGUAUCUUCUCAAGUCUUUUAUCAUCGCUUGGGGCGCAGUCGGCGUAUAUGCGGCCACGGCGACCACGAGUGCUGUAUUGAGCUCAAUCACAGGAUGUCAUUCCCACGGAGCUGACAUUCUCUGCUUUGAUCAGCACGGUGACGAAGUCCGUGUUGAGGCAGUCUCGACUUCGGAAAGUGCGGUACCGGCGCAAUAUACCGGUUGUCAUGAGCAUGGCACUGAAAGGUUUUGCUUCGAUUCAAGGGGCAAUGAAGUCCUCGUCAAAGAAGAAAGCGGUGGUGAAGAUUCAGCGGGCAAGCAUGACGAGCGUCACGAUCAGAACGGCCACACACAUGACGAAGGCAGCGACCCUCAACAUGAUCAUUCCGCCGAGACCGAUUCGGCAGAAAAGAAGAAUUGUCAUUUCCAUGCUGGUGUAGAACACUGCGUGGCUGCGGAGGUCGAGGAACAUCGAGGUUCGUCUUGCAACAUCCAAGUCCGAGAUUACGAUGUGCCUCUACGCAUCGGCACACUGUUUGUGGUUCUCAUCACGAGCGCCGUUGGUGUCUUUGCACCGAUUCUGCUCUCCAAACUACCAUUUACAUCUGUCAAUGCCGUCUUUUCAACGGUCAUCAAGCAGUUUGGCACUGGUAUCAUCGUUGCAACUGCUUUUGUUCACCUUUAUACCCACUCAUCCUUGAUGUUCGCGAACCAGUGUCUUGGUGAGCUUGAAUACGAAGCAACAGCCUCUGCAAUCGUCAUAGCCGGAAUCUUCCUGGCUUUCCUCAUUGAAUUCAUCGGAUACCGUAUGACGAAGGUCCGAGAAGAAGGCGUUGUCGCUGUCCCAGCCGUCGAACCUAAGUCUCAGUCCAAGGAUGGUACGCUCCGUGAUUCGGAAGCGCCUGCCCAUCAAGAAUCAGGUCUGCUGAGGCUGGGACACAGUCAUGGAUGCUCCAGCCACCCAAGCCGACCUCCGACGAAGUUCUCCGUUCUCAUCAUGGAGGCGGGUGUCUUGUUCCACAGCAUUCUGAUCGGUCUGACCUUGGUGGUCGCAGGUAAUUCGUUCUACAAGACACUCCUGGUGGUGAUCAUCUUCCAUCAAUUCUUCGAGGGCCUUGCUCUUGGAGCUCGUAUCGCGACUUUGUCGGGUCCGAUCUUCCCGUCCAAGGCUGUCAUGGCUGGGGCCUUUGCCAUGAUCACCCCUCUUGGCAUGGCGAUUGGGCUGGGGGUGCUGCAUAUAUUCAACGGUAAUGCCAAGGGAACCCUGAUUGCGCUUGGUACCUUGGAUGCACUUUCCGCGGGGAUACUCGUGUGGGUGGGUGUUGUUGACAUGUGGGCUCGAGACUGGGUUAUUGAAGGUGGUGAGAUGCUCAAUGCCUCUCUCAGCAAGGCUCUGACGGGAGGAGCAGCGUUUGUGACUGGGUUGGUCUUGAUGGGUCUUCUUGGAAAAUGGGCAUGA